AUGGACCUUUUGGGUGGUUUUUCAGCAGGAGAAUGGAGCCCCCUAAAUGAGAUUUACAACUCAGAAGAUCAUGUUGAUUAUGAUCAUGAUCAUGAUCAGUUGAUGGCUGCUCAUAUGGACUGUGCUGUAGCAAAUUAUAACAUAAUUAUGGGGGCUUCAAGCUUGGAAGCACUCCCAUUUACCAUUUGGCCUAGCAAUGACUCAACAAUAGUUCACGACGUUGCAGGCUCUACUUAUAAUCAAGAUCAUGCUCCAAAAUUUGGUUCUUCACAAAUUGCGAAUUAUCAGCCUGCAGAUACUAAUUCGGUGGCAAGCAAUGUCGCGUUUUGGGGGGAUAGAGGCGCCAACUUGUUUCUCAUAAAUGAUCAUCAGUGGCUGAACAUCAAUCAUCAAGAAGUGAGCUGCAAUGGGGAAGAAUCUGGUGGAAGCCAGACUACUGCAGCUCAUGUUGUUCCACAGCUCAAAUGGGAAGUACCUGAUCAAAUGAUGAUCACUGUACCGGAUCAAUUAAACAUGGAAGAUGGAAGUGAUCUUGUUUCUGGGAAUUCCAAGAAAAGAUCAAGGAGUAGUACACCAGAUGAUCAAGAUCCAAAGAAGUACAAGAGGAAUGUUGUAAAGCCGAGGAAGAAUAAAAAACUUGGGCUAAGUGACAACGAAGAAGAUACAAGUGCAGGCUCAGGAGAACACUCAGAUGCUUCUCAUGAAGAUCUUGGAGCUGGAAUGGCUUCAAGCCCGAGCCCGAGUCUGAAAGAAGCGGCGGCUCCAAACCUGAAUGGAAAAAAAAGAGCCACAAGAGGUUCUGCAACUGAUCCUCAGAGCAUCUAUGCAAGAAAGAGAAGAGAGAAAAUCAAUGAGAGGCUGAGAAUAUUACAGAACCUUGUCCCCAACGGAACAAAGGUUGACAUUAGCACAAUGCUUGAAGAAGCUGUCCAGUAUGUGAAGUUCUUGCAGCUUCAAAUCAAGCUUUUAAGCUCUGAUGAUCUAUGGAUGUAUGCACCUCUAGCUUACAACGGAAUGGACAUUGGACUUGAUCAUUUGAGGCUCGCUGCUCCAAGGCAAUUGUAG